AAAAAGCAAUUAAAUAAUAAUUACUAGGUUGGGCAAUCAAUCUAUCGUGUAUCUUGUCUGUAAGGAUAUCAUCCCAACCGCCAUUUUGUUUUUUCGGGUUACCACUCAUUCAUUCAUUCAUCUUCUUCCACACUUCCCCCAAUCUCUCUUUCUCUUUCUCUUUCUAGGGUUUCAUCUUCAUCUUCCAUGGAUAAUAAUACCAUCAACCUACACGACGACGAUUGGGAGCUGCUAGACCACUCCACUUCCGAUCAAACCACCGCCUAUCUCCACCGAAUCGAACAAGAUUACUCCGAAGGUAUGAUCAAAUCCGAUUACUUCUCAAUUGAUUCACAUAACUUUUCACAAAAUCACGUCGAUGACGUCACCGACCAUGUUUCUGUUGAGUCUGAUAACCCUAGCUGGAUUGAUCCUGUCUGUGAGGUUAAUUAUUCGGUUACGAAACCCGCCGGUGAGGUUUCCAGCACCGAUAGUGAUGAUGACGGUAGAUAUGUUGGUGAUAUUGUUCGGUUUAACGAAUCGAUGGAUUCGGUCGAAAUUGAGUCGAAAACGAGUGAAAUUGAGGCGAAAACGAGUGAAAUUGAGUCGAAACCGAGUGAUUUGGAGAAGGUUGUGAAAGCGAGUGGGGAGGAGGGGGGAAGGGUGGGGGUGUGGUGGAAGAUACCGUUGGAUUUAUUGAAGUAUUGUUUGUUUAAGGCGAGUCCGGUGUGGAGUUUGUCUGUGGCGGCUGCGAUGAUGGGGGUUGUUAUUUUGGGGAGGAGGUUGUAUAGGAUGAAGCAGAAGAGUAGGACCUUGCAGCUUAAGGUUGCGGUGGAUGAUAAGAAGGUAUCUCAGGUUAUGAGCCGGGCUGCACGACUCAAUGAAGCAUUCUCAGUAGUGAAGCGAGCUCCCAUCAUUAGGCCAUCACUGCCUGCUGCUGGGAUUACACCCUGGCCCGUGAUGGCUUUAAGAUGAACGUAAAUAAUGGGAAAUACGCAAAAGAUAUGUGGUUUUCUUCUACUGUAAGUCGUUUGUAUGGCGGUGUGUAAUAUAAAGCUUCACUUUUAAGUGGCCUGGUAACUGUUGUAACAUUCCUAUACUGCGUGUGAUCUCGACUUGAUAUGUGGUUCUGUAAUAGUUUAUCAUGAGCUGUUGUUAAUAAGUUAAUUAAAAGACAUUGGUUCUGAGGUA